AUGAGUGCCUAUCCGAUGCUCUGUCUACAGUGCCAGACUCUGCAGGCGUCUGUGGUUGAUGCCGAGAAGCGUGGGGAGCUGGCACUCAAAGAUGCCAAUAGCAAGCUUACAGAGCUGGAGACUGCCCUGCAGAAGGCCAAGGAGGAGCUGGCCAAGAUGCUGCGCGACUACCAGGAUCUUAUGAGUGUGAAGCUGGCCCUGGAUGUAGAGAUCGCCACCUACCGCAAGCUGCUGGAGGGCGAGGAGAGCCGAAUGUCUGGAGAAUGCCAGAGUACCCUGACCAUCUCCGUGGUUGGCGGUGGCGUUAGUGCUGGAGGCAUUGGUGGAGGAUUGGGAAACUGCUCCGGGUUUGGCCUGGGCAGCAGCUUUGGCAUCGGCUCUGGAAGUGGCUUUGCACUUGGCAGUGGUGUCAGCGGAAUUUCCACCAGCAAGACUGUCUCUACCACCAAGCGGUCACACCGAUAGAGGAGAUGGGGUCCCUGCAGCCCCUGAGCCCAGCUGGGCUUAACCUGGUGUCCCUGUGCUUCCUUCACCCCCACCUCUACCUGCCCUCACUGGGGUUUAUCUUACCAGUGUCACCUCAGUGCCAGGGCAUGGAUUCUGCCCUCUCAGAGUUUGGUAGCUUCUUCUAGACUUGGGCCUGGUGAUCCACCUGGAAUGGGAGGGGUGUCAGCUGACUCUUCACCUCCCAUGCACAGAGGAGAAUACAACCUGGAGCUUCCUCUCCAGAAUUAUCAGGGACACAUGUCCCCUUCCAGCCCAAUGCCAUCUCCCAGAUCCCUGAUAUCCCUUUACAUCAGGACCAAACUCCUCCAUUGCUUGGCAGCAACUGGCCCUGCAAGGGCGGGGCAAGAACUGCUGUGUCCCAGCCAACUCCUCUCCUCCUCUCUAUCCACCUUCAGGUGAAUCUUUAAUAAAACGCUUUUGUCAUUCCUUUGA